AUGGCACCUCCCACUGUCAUUGUCCAGGCUGCUACAUGUCCUGCUGUGCAGCCAGCUCCCGCCGUGGAACCUCCCGCUGUCAUCGUCCAGGCCACUGCACUUCCUGCUGUGGAGAACCAUCCUACCCCAACAGCACGCUCUGGCUUCUACGGUUUUCCGCAUCUCCCGCUGACUGAGGUCGUCAUCAAUGGUGAGACAUGGGGACAGCAGCAUUAUUGUGGAUUUGCAUUCAAUGUCCCGCGUGCUGCGGCCCUCGGUCCAUUCUACCUCAUCACCCGUGGUUCCCGGGUAGGUGUCUUCGAAACAUGGCAACACACAUCCCCAUAUGUGCUUGGUGUUAGCUGCUCCUCUUUCAGCCGCUGCAAAUCGCUGCAUGAUGGUCUGAUUCGCAUGCUUGAUGCGAUAGAUCUCGGAGAAGCACAGUGGCUUCCUUAA